AUGGUUUACGAAGACUCGAAUUCCGAUUUCAGCUCAUACGAUGAAGUCCCCGAGUUUUCCGGUCUGACUGGUGACCAGGCCCCAGCUCCCAGCCCAUCAACGGAUACAGUCACAUGCCAAGCAUCACAAAUCCAGCCUGCAAACGCUGGAUCUCAUGGAUCGAUAUCCGUGUCACCAAACUUAGACUCCGGACCUCAUCAUAUUCUAGAAACUGAAAAUACUCCACAAAUCGAGGCCAAAUAUGAAUUUAGUGAUGGUAAUGAGUCCGAGGACUUGCAAUACCAGUCUUCGGCUGGUUCUUCAACAAUACAUUCUUCGUCUACUCGAAAUAUCCUCCAGAAAGCUCAUAACGCUCUCUCACAUCCUGUGGCUACUUCUCGAAAAUUUAAGGCUCAUCAUUAUCAUACCCAUCACGAAAGGAAGGGGAAACGAAAACCCCAGAGAUUAUGCCAAGAACUUGCCAAAGCUGAAGCCGGAUCCGCCCGUCCAAUAAUGUCACCAACGAAUAAAUCGAAUAGUUCAUCCCAUCCCGUCAAAUCAAAAGUAAAACAUGUCGUAUCAUCUUUUUCAAAAUCUCACCCAAAGCGUCUUACAAAAGUACUUGCGUCAAACACUCUUUCGAAUCAUAUUCUAGGUUUAGAUCUUGAUCCGUUCCGUCUUACAAAAUCCGAUGUGGAGUUUAUUCAACUGGUAUCAAAGCGUCGUUUUGAAACCGAUGGCCAAGUCAUCAGUGAGCGUGAGCAACGGCUCCGCGAGCUCAAGAUUGCUAGGCAGAAGAUGUUGGUCAACUGGGUUUCUGAUCGGCAUAUUCGUUCUGCAUCGGUUGUUCGAGCUAAAGCACUGAAGUACCCUGACCUUGAUAAAACGAUCGAGGAGGAAGGUUUUAUGAAGUAUUUUGGUGAUGUGGCUCUAUAUUUCUCGCAAAGAUUCAUUCCCAUCUAUACAAGUCCCUGGGAAGAAAUACCGCGGUAUGAUAGUUCCAGGACGAUGAGCCAUGUUGAGAGAAUUGCUAUUGGGAUGGCGCCGUUCCAAGAAUGGGCUAUGGUUAUAAGAAAUGUGUAUAGAUGGGAGGAUCCAGUCAAGACGGCGAGAUGGAUGGCUAUAUAUACGGUAUUAUGGUGGUCGGGGUAUCUAAUUACCUUUGGGUACGCAUACCUUAUCUCACGGGUGUUGAGGAACCGCCAGGAUUGGAACGAGGUGAAAAGGGUUAAGGGAGCCAUAUAUAGAGCCAGAGAUCAACAACAGAAUGUACGGCGAAUCACAGAGUUAAUAGAACGACAUGGAUCGGAUGGAUGGGUCGAAGCGCUUCCUGAUAGUUUUGGUUCAUGGGCGCAACUUAAACUUGGAGAUUUCGCGGAUGCGUUGGAAAUCAUAAGAAAUUUCUACGAAUGGCGAGACCCAGAGCAGACAGUAUUUACCCUCAUCUUCUUCGGGGCCUGUUUGCUUAUCGGGAUGUUCACAAGCAUGGCAUAUUGCUGGCGUAUUGUAACAUUUGUAUUUGGGCUCUGGUUUUUUAUUUCUUCUCCCAUCGCCAGCCGUUACCCGCGAUACCGAUUGGUUGUCAGUCCAUUCAAAUGGAUAUUCUGGGGAAUUCCAACACAUGCCGACAUUGCAUAUUCAGAGUUUCGAGCGGAUGCUGCCAAUGCUGUUAGCGAUCCAGAUAUGAAAAAGAAAUCGGCGAAGCGGAAUGCCAAGAGGAGGAGAGCUGCGGAUUUUGAAACUCCUGUUAUGGUUAUUGACGACGAUGUUGAGGAUGAAGAGGAAGGUGAUGAUGGGUAUACAACUUCGCCAGAUCUAGACGAGGGUGAUAAUUACGAUCCUGAAGAGCUAAUCUCACCACAUGAUAUGGAGCGGGAUCCGGAGAGCCUGGGUGGCAAACAAUAUAUUGGGGUGAUAUACUGUGGAUUUAGGUGUAUAUACCGAGGGCAUCCGGGGAAGUUGUACCUCUCAGAUUAUGGGUUAGUGUUUGAAACAGAGGUUAGUAAGAAGGUGAUGCUCGAGAUCAAAUGGAGGGAUGUCAAAAAGAUUGAGAAAGAAGAGAGCUUAUCCAUGGGGAAAGUGGGGAAGGUGCAUGCACUUGGGGUGGCUAUGGCUUGUGGGGAAAGGAUUAAAUUUGAAGCCAUGCUGAAGAGAGACUUGGCAUUUAACCGGAUCAUUGGAUUUUCAGGGCUCCAGUGGCAAAGUGAGGCUUAA